AAAAGACAUAGAUUGUGGAGUAUAUAAUGGGUACAACGCACUAAUAUGAGUGUUGAGAUGUUGGAUUUGGUUUUGAACAUAGAUUUUGAUGUAUGUAAUCCGUUGAAGUUUGAAUCUGGAUAGAUUUUUAAUGCUUGGAGUCGGAUCAGCAUCAAUGGGCUGAGUACUGGGUUGGUCUCCCAUUUUCUUUUGAUUACUUAUUUGUGCGUCUAGUUAUAUCUGCCUUCCUCUUAUUUUGAUCAUAAUUCUUGAAGUUUUGAUGGGAAAAAGGGAUAAAAAAAAUCCCAUAUGGUUUGGUUUGAGUGGCUUGCUUAUAAAUCUUCACAUCAAUGCUUUGUUCUAGUUUUCUCAAACAAAUAAUUUUACUACUGUCCAUUUAAGAAUUCAUGACAUUACAGAAAGUAAAAGUAAAAGUAAAAACUUUUGAAUAAAAUAAACAUGCUGAAGGAUAUAGGGACUUGUACACACACAUGUAUGCACCUGCAUAAAGUGAAUAUGGUCAAUCUUCUACACAUAAUGUUACAGAUUUGAAUUUGCAACAAUACUAGCGGUUUCAUCAUGAGUUCAAUCACAUGAGGAUGUAAGUUGUGAUUUAUGCCCUUGUUUUUUGCCACCAAAUCUUGUAACUGCCGGGUGUUCUCUAAAUGAAGAAUCCUGGCUUUACCUCUAAAAUAAUCAUUUGUUAAGAAUAUCUUUUUAAUAGGGGUUUUAAUCUAGCCAAGCCUCCUUAGCUCCAAUGUGCUUAGUCUCAGCCUGGGUUUAUGUCGUAGGCUUGAUCUCUAUCACUGAGCUUUGGUGUUUGUUUAGGCUUGAAUCUGCUUAAAUAUGAAAUAUUCGAGCUCAGCUGGGCUCGGUUCAUUUUUCAGCCGAACUUCUUAACUUUGGCGUCUCAUAGACGUACUAAUAAUAUCCUUGACUUUCUCUGCAUAUUGACAUUUGUCAUUACAAGCAUCUUAAUUUUUACUGACUAAUUCACACAACAGUUGAAGUGAAAGAUUAGAGGUAUGGGCAUUCAUACGACACAUGCAAGUUCUAAUUUUGAAUUGGUUUAAGGUUUGGUGAAACAUAGCCAUAAGUUGUCCUCAUUUUUAACACAUUGUUUGCUAUUAUGAUUUCUUUGAGGUGUUCUUUCAAAUUUAAGUCUACUUCAUCCAUGUGCUUGUCUAAUUCUCCAGGCUCAAAUACAGUAUAAGCGUUGUUGCUGACAGAGGUCUGAAAAAGCCUCUUUACACAUCAGCACGAUUGAAAAAGGGAGAAGUUUUGUAUCUUGAAACUCACUCGUGCAGGUAUUUAGGAGACUGAAAUGAUUGUUUGGCAGUGAUGUUUAUUUUCUGGCAUAUUAUAAUCCAUUAUCCAUCUCUGGAAAUAAAACGAUCUUCACCUAGGGCUUUCUUUCUUUCUAGUGUGUCUAUCUCUCUAUUAUUAAGUCUUUUCCUAUCCUCCCAGUAACCCCUUAGACAGGCAUUCUGCUAUCAGCCGUUUGGCUGUGAUGUUUGCUUUCUGGACUGUCUUGUCAUAUUGUAAUCCGUUAUCCAUCUUUGGAAACAAAACGAUCUGGAUGGCCUAUUUUUUCUCAAACUACACAAGUUCCCGAGAUGCUUGAUAACAAGCCACAAUUGUCGCCCAUGAACUAAAUAAUAUUGACAAUAACAGCAAAUAUUGAUUUUUUGCAUUCAUUUCUCUUUUGAUAAUGUCAAAAAAUUUCUCUGUUUUUAUGUUUUGGUCUCUUUCCAUACCCAAACUACAUUUUGCUUAAUAUUUUUACCUGAUAUUUUAGACUUUAGAGGACCUAAUUUUGUGAAAAUUAUUGUUAAUUGCCAUAAUUUGGUAGCCCUGAUACUAAGGACCUUUUUGUUUCAAUCAUAUGAUAAGAUGAGAUGAUUUAGGGAAUGCAUACAAUGAACGCAUGCAGCUAAAGCUGUGAUGGAGUUUGUGCUGCCCUCUCAGAUCUUUUAUGAAACUUUUUCCCAAAAUUUCGAUAUUUCUGUCAGAUUUAAGGACCUACAUUUUGAGCUAUGUAUGUGAAUUGGGAUAUGUCAACUUCUAUGCCAAUCUCUGAAUUUAAGUUAGCUGAAGGUAUGAGCUUUGCUUUAAUGGAGAGAAGAUGGUCAAGGCUACGGCAGCACCUCAGCCAUAUGAACCAGAGACACAGAAAUCUCAAAAUCGCAAUUUGCAUUCUACAGCUGGUGAAAGAAGUGUGACUGAAGGUGACAGCAUUGUGAUGGAUGUAUUCCGAUGGUCUCGUUGUAAGAAGCCCCUUCCUCAAAGACUCAUGCGUUCAAUUGGGAUCCCACUGCCUUUGGAACAUUUGGAAACAUAG